AUUGGCAAAUAUAUAAAUAAUCCUCCUGGAGCACGACAGGAGAGAUUGCAUCAAGCAUGGCUCGAGCCCCCGAUACGCAUUAAAAAAAGGUUGGAAAACAAAGCGGCGGACGAAGGACCUGGACGAGAUCGAUGAGGACUUGAAGGAGGAAAACGCGAAGAAAUUAUUGAAUCAGAAAGUGGAUUUUGAUAAGCCGGGAGCAGCACAGCAUUAUUGCAUCCACUGCGCGAGGUAUUUUAUAAACGAUAUUGCUUUGCAUAUUCACUUCAACACUAAAGCACACAAACGACGAUUGAAAGCACUCGAGUUGGAACCAUACAGUAUUGAAGAUUCUGAAAAAGCGGCAGGCAAAGGAAGCUACAUUACACCACAAAAACGUAAAAUCGAAACUGUGACUCGGAAGGACUUUAAUAAAAAGAAUAUGGAUUCUGAGCCUGAUGUGAAAAUGAUGAAAAUAAAUGAAUAGUUAUAUGAAAUUAUUUCAUAUUUUUAUUGUGACGUGAAAAAAAAUCUAGAUAGAAUGGCCAAUAAUUUGUAUAGAUUCACUCAUGCUUUAAAGCACACACAUAGAAUUUUGAUUCACAAUGUUCGUCGAGGAGCUUUCUUUCCGAUGAACUUCAAGAAAAAUUACAGUUCGGCACUUUAUAUUUCUGGCAAUAACGCUUACAAAUCAUUUGCGUAUUUAUCGCCGUACUUAGAUUUCGACGAAAAAUUUGGCAAUUUGGACAAACUGCAGGAAAAUCUAACGUCGCGCGGAAUAGAUAUAGACGUUAUUCAACUGAAAGAAGCAUGGAAUUUUUAUCUGCAGAUGGUCGCGGAUAGAUACGCGUUGGAAGACCACAAUACAAAACUCGCACAACGCUUAAGAAGUUUGCAGGAGAACACUGAGCGUACUGCCGAGCAGGAACAAGAAAUACUUAAAUUACGCACUCAGCUUAAUGUCGUACGGCAAGAUCUAAAAACGGUAAAGGAAGUGAUCUGGGAUCUGGAUGAAGAUGUGAUAUGCAGAAUUUUGAAAUUACCAAAUGAGUUAGAUCCUAGGACACCUGUUGGCGAAUCGGUAAUAUUGAAAAGUGUUGGCAAUGUGUCCGACAUAUCAGAAAAAAACAGGAAGAGUCAUAUAGAGAUCGGAAUGAACCUAGACCUGUUAGAGUACAAGAAUCCUCUCCAUUAUUAUUUAUGCAAUAACGCGGCCUGGUUCGAGCUCGCUGUGUUAGCACACGCAGGUCGAGUUUUCGACGAAAAUAAUAUGAUCAGAAUGGUUGGUACAGAUUUUAGCCGUAGUCUUCUGGUAGAAGCCUCUGGUUUGGAUCACGAGGAUCCCAUGGUUGCUUUCAUGAUAGAGAAUCAUAACGAGGUCGAAAGAGGCUCGCCGAAUCGCAUGCAUUUAGUUGGCGGCGCAAACUUGAUUUCUUUCCUAGCGUUGCAUACGAAACAGUUGAUUAAUCCCAAAUAUUUACCACUUAAGUAUUUUGCCACCGGUAGACAGUACACACCAUUGCCGCGAGAUUCCCCCACCUGUGGUUUGAUAACGGCAUGCCAGGCGUCCGUGGUGCACACCUUCGUCGUUGUAAAAGAUGCAAAGAAUGAAGAUUAUAAUAUGCUAUUCGAAGAACUCAAGGAAAUCGUAUGCAAGUUAUAUGACGAUCUAUGCGACCAUUAUCGCGUUGUGAUACGACCUAUAUCCGAAUUACAAAUCUGCGAGGAAAUGCGCGUAUCCUUCGAGCUGUGGUCGCCGUUUAUGAAUCGCUACAUUGAAAUCGGUCACCUAUCCACGUAUGGCGAUUAUUUUAGCAAGAGAUUACUGAUCGCCUAUCAAACAUCCACCGGCAGAAGCUUUCCCGCGGUAAUAUCUGGUACUGUUCUCUCUGUUCCACGUCUACUAGCUUGUCUACUUGAACAAAAUCCUGAUAAAUUUGUGAUUCCAUCAAAGAUUUCUGAACUUAUACCGUCGAAUGAUCCUAUUACUAUGUAAGUUAAUAAUUACAGGAAUUUUGUUCAAUUGAUGUCAUUGCCUUGUUUCGUUAAAAUUUUGCAUAAAUGUUUCAAAUUUAUAAAAAAUUCAACAUUGCUAUAAAAUAUAAUGUAGCAACAAAUCGAUAUGACAUGAAUUGUAAAAUUUAAAAGAUUAUAUUAUAUUUUUAGAUUGAAAUGUCACUAAUGUGAUGAUGUCAUUAAUAUAAUAAACUAAUUUAAGAAAUAUAUACAUAAUAUAUAUAAUAUAUCUAUACAUUAUCUGAUUUUUGUGUAAAAUACGAGCAGUGUUACCUAGUGUUACCAACAGAAUUAUUAGUGUUAUUAGAUUGCUAUUUUACAAGGUACCGAUCGAUGUAAUGCAAAACUUCAAAAGCCACUUCUACCAUAAUAAGUAUGAUAAUCAUCCAUUCCAAACGAACAUGAUGACGAUCGCUCAAAUGCAACGACAAAAUGCUCACCAAUUCCACGCAAUGAUUUAAUCUUUCGUUCAUCACCUGCAUAAAUAAUAGUAUCUUAAGUAAAUGCGAAAAAUACAAAUACCAUACAAAAA